AUGCCCGCAGUUGUUAAAAUUCCAGGGCGCUGUUCCAUUUCUAUUACCAGUUCGUGUUCACGUCACACAUUUCCUGGGAAUCUUCAAACGGAUGCUGGGUCAUUUAUGAUUUACCGGGCUUCGGAAACUCUCAUCGUGCUGAUAAGCGUUCUCCCUUUCAUAGCACAAGAUGAAGCCUGCUUUAAAAGCUGGUAUCAGAAGCUGUUGGCUGCUCUCCAGUUCAGCGCGGGAGAAGCCUUGAACGAUGAAUUUUCCAAGGAGCAGAGGCUGGUGAAACUUUUGGGGGAUAUUGGAGAGAAAGUGAAAUCUGCCAGUGACCCCCAGAGACAGGAUAUACUAAAGAAAGAGAUUGGCAACCUGGAAGAAUUCUUUAAAGAUAUAAAGACUUGCCAUCUUCCUCUGAACCCAGCCCUGUGCAUAAAAGGAAUCGACCAUGAUGCAUGCUCAUAUUUCACAUCUAAUGCUUUGCCAUUGAAGAUCACUUUCAUCAAUGCUGAUCCAAUGGGUAAAAACAUUGGUGUUAUUUUUAAGGCUGGGGAUGAUCUUCGGCAGGACAUGCUUGUUCUGCAGAUUAUUCAAGUGAUGGACAACAUCUGGCUACAGGAGGGCCUAGAUAUGCAAAUGAUUAUUUAUAGAUGUCUGUCCACGGGAAAAGCCCAAGGAUUGAUAGAGAUGGUGCCAGAUGCUGUAACACUCGCCAAGAUCCAUCUCCACUCUGGGCUAAUAGGACCACUGAAAGAAAACACCAUCAAGAAGUGGUUCAGUCAGCACAACCACUUAAAGGAAGAUUAUGAAAAGGCCUUGAGGAACUUUUUUUACUCUUGUGCUGGCUGGUGUGUGGUAACGUUCAUCUUGGGAGUCUGUGACCGACAUAAUGACAAUAUCAUGCUGACAAAGUCAGGCCACAUGUUUCAUAUUGACUUUGGAAAAUUCUUGGGUCAUGCACAAACAUUUGGCGGUAUAAAAAGGGACCGAGCCCCUUUCAUUUUUACUUCAGAGAUGGAGUACUUUAUUACCGAGGGUGGAAAAAAUACUCAACAUUUUCAAGACUUCGUGGAGCUUUGCUGCAGGGCUUAUAACAUUGUCAGGAAACGCAGCCAGCUGAUUCUGAGCCUUCUAGAAAUGAUGUUGCAUGCAGGACUGCCUGAGCUAAGCGGAACCGAAGACCUGAAAUACGUCUAUAACAAUCUCCGCCCACAAGACACAGACCUGGAAGCCACGAGUCAUUUUACCAAGAAAAUAAAGGAAAGUCUGGAGUGCUUCCCAGUUAAGUUGAAUAACCUGAUCCACACACUGGCACAGAUGCCAGCCAUAAGCCUUGCCAAACCUGCCCCUCAGACUCUUCCCUGGGAAUCCUGCACCCUGCACAAAACCAGGACAAUUCAGAGAGCCACAAUAUUAGGGCUCAGCAAGACGCACGGCAACCUGUACCUGAUCGAGGUGACGCUCAGUGACAACAGGAAAAGCCUGACCAGAAAGUCAUUCGAACACUUUUCCAGACUUCACAGCCAAAUUCAGAAGCAAUUCUCAUCGCUGACCCUCCCAGAGUUUCCUCACUGGUGGCACUUACCGUUUACAGAUUCGGAUCACAAGAGAAUCACAGAUCUAAGUCGUUACAUGGAACAGAUGCUGAGCGGGUCUUAUGAAGUCGCAAAUAGUGAUUGUGUACUUAAUUUUUUUCUCUCUGAACAUACACAACCAACGCUUGAAGACUCUCCACUUGUGGACCCAGGUGAAAAAUUUCCAGACAACAACCCUAAGGUACAGUUAGUGAUGACAUACGAGGACUCGAAGCUCACCAUCCUAGUGAAGCACAUGAAAAACUAUCGUAAGUUCCUCCCAUGUCGAAAGAGACCUAGCGCCCUCCAUGGAGCAGUUAGUUACCUGCCUCCUUUGGGUCAUUAG